UCUAGAUUUGUGCUCUACCUACAAUUCUUAUUUUUGCUGAUAUAAGAAGUGUUAAAAUUUAGUUACGUGAAUUUUCCAGAAAUAUUAUAUUUUUAUAUAAAAACAAACAAAUGAGCAUCGCAAAUAUGUCAAAACUACCCUUUUUUCAAUGGAAUAGCGUGUAUAAAUUAGAUAAAAAAACUCUUUUCGACAGAUCUUCUCGAUAUUACAGAUAGAUCCAUCAAAUAUCACUGUAUUUAUAAUGUGUUAAAAAUAUAUCGGGCUUUCCAUUAUAAAAAAAAACAAAAGUUUGUUUAUUACACUAAAUUGUAAAAAGUAAUUUUAUUCCCUCAUAUCUUCCGUUUUUUUAUUGUAAACAUUAACAUACCUUUUGAUAAACCCUCGGAUAAACCUAUCAAAAAAUACAUUGAGAAUUAUAAACAUUCAAGAUGAGUCUGCGAUGUCCAGAUUUGCCCUUUUUACCGGGCUACACAUUCAAUCCCAAUAUCGGGAGAACUAAAUUCAAUAUGGAUCCUAAAUUUGAUUUUAUCGGUAAAGGCAAUCGGGCCCUAAAAGAAAAGGUCAAGCCUAAUAUGUUCGGCCCAUUAACCGACAAAUAUCCAUCAAUUUACCCGAGAGGAGAAUGUAUUGAAUUACCGGGAUGGAUUGCCUUCGAUAAGCAGAUUUUAUGUUUUGAUGCAUACUUCCAAGAAACACUACAAGAAGUUAAGGGAUCUCCAUUUCAAAUUCGAAAAGUUAAAAUUUAUCUGUUCCUCGAAGAUGGAACCAUUCAGGUUAUAGAGCCAAAAGUCGAAAAUAGUGGCAUUUCGCAAGGUACUCUUAUUUCUCGCCAGAGGAUACGCUUCCCGGCCCCAAUGGAUGAUAACUUCUACGACAUUAUAGACUUCAACAUUGGAAGGGAAGUCGAAUUAUACGGACGCGUCUUCAAAAUCACCAACUGCGACAGAUUUACUCGCACCUUUUUAAAUCGAUGUGGGAUUUUCGUUCCUGACCCGUCAGUAGUUCCUACCGAUCCCUACAUGGAAAUUAGAGCCCAUGAAAGAGAUGCUAUGCAAGCCAAGAAGCCUAGCAGGACGAUUGACACUCUUGGGAAGUUUCUAAAAUAUGAUAAAAAGGUACUUAACUUCAAAGGCUACUGGGAUGACCAGAAUACAGAAUUCGGCUACAUUCACCUCCUGGAGAUACGAUACUACCUAGCAGACGACACCAUAGAAGUCAAGGAACUCCAAUCGGAAUCUGGAGGUGAACCGGGCUUCACAUUCCUCCGUCGAGCGAAACUUCCUAAAGUGUACAAGGAACUCCCCACACCUGGGUUCGAUACCAACUACACCGUCCUCAACGUCCUGGGCUCAGCGUUAACCAGCAGGAGGUACAUUGUAGACCCCCUGAACUGUGGAGUUGCCAAUGUUCAAUACUACACCGACCGAGAUCUGAGUAUCGGUGCUGUGUUGAAUUGUUAUGGAAGGAAGAUCGUACUUACUGAUUGCGAUCGUUACACGAAGGCUUACUACGCGGAUAAGUAUGGUACUAGUAGCUUCAAACCCCUACCCAUGCUAGGUACGAAGAAGGAGGAGAGGAUCAUCCCGGCACCGAAGGACAGGGAACUGCCUCCUUGGAACGGCUUCGGAACACACGAGGAUUCAGCCCAGAAUUGUAUAACAGUUGAGCCCAAGCCUCCCCUGAAGGAUAUUAAGAAGUUUCUGACAUACGAUAGGAUCGGUUUGGAUAGCCACAUUUUGCGAUUCGAGGCGCGCAUGAAGUCCAAGAUACCGGAAAACUGUAAUAGAAUUUUCAUAAUAAGCUUUUACCUAAAUGACGAUACCAUGUCAGUCUUUGAAGUUGGCAGAAGAAAUUCAGGUUUCCAAUCUUCAUCGUUCUUUGCAAGAAAUCAGGUUUUGUUGCCUGGUCAAAACCUGUAUACGAGCAAACCACCACUGUAUUAUACUCCGCAGCAUAUGUUCAUUGGAGCCACGUUAAUCAUAAAUAAUUUCGAAUUCAUCCUGAUUGACGCAGACGAGUAUGCCUCGAGGUUUAUGGAAUUAAAUGCUGGGCAGUAUCCCAAGGCCAACAUAAAACUAAUUAUGGAAAAGGUAAAAGAAAAGCUCAAGCCAAUAUACAAAGAUUUCGUUGCGGAAAACAUUCCGACAGAAACACCCGUUAUAUCUUACGAAAAAUUAAGGAGCAAGCUUUGCCAAAUUAUGGGAAGCGAUUUCACAGAGCACGAAAUGAUUACAAUAGCCAGAGCUUUUUCGGCGACUUGUUAUAAAGAACGGUACGACAGAUCAAAGAUAAGAGCGUUAGCUUUGACAGAACUAAAGAGGUACUUGUGGGACGAUCUAGACCGAUUAAGAGAAUAUUUCUUGCAAAGGGAUGCAGACAGGACGGGGAAGCUCAGCAAACAGGAAUGUUAUACGAUUCUAAGAGGCUGUCGACUGCCUUUUGAUAAACAGUUAUUGGAAAGAAUAUUUGAAGUGAUACAAAAAGACGAACAGUGCAAUUUGUAUUAUGAGGAUAUUCUAAAUUUCUUAGACAGGAAUUAUUGCCCAAUGCCGGAUGUCCCACCAAUUAAUAUAAAGUACGACUUGUGGUGGGGUUCCGAAAAAACGCCAAAGGCAGGGUCUUUGAUAGACUGGUGUCAGUUUAAUAAAUAUUUGGAUCUUGAAGAUACAUUUAAAGAAGUCAUUGAAGAAAACACAUUAAAGGCGCUUGAACAAAAUUCAUAAUCAACAUAUUUUGCAAUGUAUAUAUUUAAAAAAAAUGAAAUAAAUAAAUAUGUUUAUGACUUCGACGAACAUUUGUCUUCGUC